AUGGCGUCAAACAAGGAAAAAGCACCGGCCACAUUUUCGUAUGGACCAAAAAUCAUGAAUGGAGGACUGGCGGGCAUCAUUGGUGUAUCUUGCGUAUUCCCAAUCGAUUUGGUCAAGACUAGAUUGCAAAAUCAAACCAUUGGGCCCAAUGGUGAAGUUCAAUAUAAGGGAAUUUUGGAUUGUGCCAAGCAGACAUGGAAAGCUGGAGGAAGUACUUCAUUUGCUAAGUUUCGAGGAAUGUACAGCGGUUCUGGAGUCAACAUUCUUCUCAUCACUCCAGAAAAGGCCAUCAAACUGGUCGCCAACGAUUUUUUCAGACAUAAACUCCAAAAGGAGGGCGAGAAAACGCUUUCAACCCCACGCGGUAUGUUGGCUGGAGGAUUGGCAGGAAUGUUCCAAAUUAUUGUCACAACACCAAUGGAGCUUCUGAAAAUCCAAAUGCAAGAUCAAGGACGAACUUUGAAGCCUGGACAAAAAAAAUUGACCGCUACUGAGCUUACACUCAAAUUGGUACGAGAAAAUGGAAUCGCUGGACUUUACAAGGGUCUUAGUUCAACCUUUGCUAGAGAUGUGACAUUCUCAGUCAUUUAUUUCCCAUUGUUCGCCAAACUCGACUCAUUGGCUCCACGUAAGGCUGAUGGAAGUGGCGACGCUGUAUUUUAUGGAUCGUUCUUGGCUGGAUUGACUGCUGGAGCAUCAUCGUCAUUUGCAGUCACCCCGCUAGAUGUUAUCAAAACUAGAAUGCAAACGAUUAAUAAGGGUGCGAAUGAGGUUGUGUACAAGAAUAUACCAGACGCAUUUGUUCAAAUUUUGAAGAAUGAGGGCCCUCGAGCAUUGUUCAAAGGAGCUGCUUGUCGUAUGAUGGUCAUGGCUCCACUUUUCGGAAUCGCGCAAACUGUCUACUAUAUUGGAGUAGCUGAGAAGAUUCUCGGCAUCGAGAAGACCAAACACGUCUAA